AUGGCUCAGGUAGAGACACCAUGUGAGCUACUAAAUCAAGGAGAUGGUCAUGGUCGUUUCACUAUCGUGGCUUAUGGAUCUGUACAGCCCCCUAGGGACCGGGUACGAUUGCACAACCAGCCAGUCGCUGAUAUUCACUAUGUGGUCAGCGUUUCAGACAUUGUGCCCGAUUUCGAAGCAUUUCCUCUUCCGCUGCCGAAUGCAGGAGAUGGUGUACAGUUAUUGUCUGAUACCCUUGGCAGUUAUAUUCUAUGGCCGCGUGCAUUGGUGCGGUUAUCAGAUCAGUGUUCGGGGAAGGCCGACAGGAAGGGAAAGAAGGUAGCUUCACCUCAGGGAGGCCGACGUGCCCAAGUAAAUGUUUCUACGGCAAAGUCUCCACUCAUUACGGAUAUGGAGGUGGUGCAAGGCCUUACUCAACCGUGCUUCUGGCUACAUGAGUGCGUUAGCGAUGCAGACGAUGAAGCAAUGAUUGAGAUUAAGUUGUCGGACCACCAAUUCCACUACAUUGAGGAAACAUGACCUUUCUUUCUAAGGUUGAUAUCAAAGAAUUCUUACUUGGGGACGAGUUGAAUGUUUCCAUGAUACAAACAUUCAUGAGGUAAUACUUUAUUAGUAUAUUUAAAUUAAUAAAUAUACAUAUAUGCCUUAAUUAAGUAGUAUUCAAUCCAACUAAUAAUAACUUCUAUAAUAAGUAAGUUUUAUUUG